AUGGCUAGACGCACCACUCGUCGCGCUACUCGCCGGGCCUCAUUUACUACUCCUCGACCGCCGAAAGCUGGCGCUAAACCGAAGAAGACCCCGGUCCCAAAGCUAGGAGGAACCCGAGACUACCAGCCGAUGCCCUACGAGCUCGCUUCGCACCCGAAGUUGUCAAAGCUGCACCACACUCCGAAACCGCUCGUCACACGGGUCAGCCGACUCCAUCUCCAGACCCUCUUGGACCAUGAAGGAGUCGCGAUCGUGUAUGACGACGAGAAGGUCAAGUGUGCCCGCUGCCGUGACGUCUACGCGCGUGGGCCGAACGGCGUAGACUAUGAGUCGAACAAGUUCCUGGCACACUGGGAAGCGUGCAGGACGUGGUCUGAGAAGACGAUCGAGACCCUGGUUCCUAUCAACGAAGCGAAGACCCAAGAGCUGGAGAUCGAGCUGGAGAUCGAACACAAGAGGGCACAGGAUGUGCAGGCACAAAAGGAUAUUGAAAACAUGCGAGUCGAGCUCGAACAGAGGACGAGACGUCAGGAAGUCAUCGAGGAGCUAGGCGAGAGCUUUCAGAAGAAUAUCCGGCAGCUGCAGCAGCUUUACGCGGAGUGGAUGCGGUUGCACGACAGGGUGAGUGGAACAUGUCUCGGGUACUAG